AUGCUCGGGCCGGCGUCGACGCCAGGUCCAGUCCCUGACAUGGACGUCUCCAUGGACACGGGAUCCGCGAUUGAUUGACGAGGGGGAUUGAGCCAUGCGUUGGAGAUCGGGGACCUGGAUGGAUACAUUCCUGAAGACCAUGACCCUCCCGACUCCCACUUGUACUUUGGGGGAGUUGUGGGGGAGGAUGAUGUUGGAUGCCCUCCACCCCCACCUCCACAGCCUCCACCUCCCUUGGAGGUCCCACCUGACCCCAAUCUACACCACAGAACCAGCCUUUUCCUGCCUGACAGUCCACCAGACUCAAGCUCUGAGCCUCCUUUCUCUCCACAGGAAAGCAGAAAUACCUCCCCUGGUCACAAAGGGAGCUCUCUUGUCCUGGUGAAUGGUGUAAAUGGAGAUAUGGUCCAGUAUGGUGGCUACUCAAACACGUACACAAAUCUCAAUAUCUCACACAUAUCUGAGCACUAUGGAGGAUAUGGAGGGGCUGGACCUGUGCACCCAGUGGAGGAGGGAGGGCAGGAAGGUUCAGGUAUAGGUGGGUCAUCAGGACGCAAAAGGCCUCUUCAGGACCCUGGUACCCAGCCACUGGAUCCCAAGCAUCUCAAGAACCUUGUGAAGGAGGAGCCUCGGUUGUCCCCACAUGCGGGGAUUCUGGCCGAUGAGGAGUAUUCCUUUGAUGGCUUAGCCUCUCCUGGAGGCACCAACAGUGAUGGAAGCCUUCAGUGUAUCAGAUUUUCUCCCUUCCAGCAGAGCUCCUGGUGCACCCUCACUGACAUCAACCUGAAGGAAUUGGAGCUGCCAAUGUACAAGGUGGAUGCAGAUAAGGGCUUCAACUUCUCCAAUGCAGAUGAUGCUUUUGUGUGCCAGAAGAAGAAUCACUUCCAAAUUACAUGCCACAUCCAGAUGUAUGGUGAACCAGCCUUUGUCCAGACACCAAAUGGUCUCCAGAAGGUUGAUGGUUUCUCUGUCCAUUUCUAUGGAGUCAAGAUGGAAUCACCUUCGCAGACGAUCCGCAUUGAGCAGUCUCAAUCUGAUCGAACCAAGAAACCUUUUCAUCCUGUUCCGGUAGAAGUGAGUUCAUCCAUGGUGACAAAAAUGACUGUGGGGAGACUCCACUUCAGUGAGACAACAUCCAACAACAUGCGGAAGAAGGGGAAACCGAAUCCUGACCAGCGCUAUUUUCAUCUGGUUGUAGCCCUUCAGGCUCAGUGUGGAGAUCAGCGUUUCCCAGUUGUCACACAUGCAUCUGAGAAGAUAAUAGUUCGUGCAUCAAAUCCAGGACAGUUUGAGAAUGACAUGGAAGUGUGCUGGCAAAAAGGAGGGUUGGGAGACACCAUUUUUCACAUUGGUCAGGUGGGUGUGAAUACGGAUCGACCAGAUGAAGCCCUCGUUGUUCAUGGGAAUAUCAAGCUCACCGGCCACAUGAUCCAACCCAGUGACAGACGUGCCAAGUCCAUCAUCAAUGAGCUGGAUUCUCGGAAGCAGUUGGAGAACUUGUCCCGGCUCAGAGUGGUAGAGUACAACUAUUCGCCUGAAGUGGCUGAACAUCUAGGCUUGAGUCGGUCUCAGGUCCGAAACACUGAUGUUGGGAUCAUUGCUCAAGAGUUGCAAGAAGUGCUGCCAGAGGCUGUAGAAAGUGCUGGAGAUGUGCGUCUCUCCAACGGACACCUAAUCUCCAACUUCCUACUUGUCAACAAAGAUCGACUUUUCAUGGAGAACAUUGGUGCUGUGAAGGAGCUACAUCGGGUCACUCUUGGGCUUGAAUCCCGUGUUGAGCGUCUUGAGAACAAGCACAACCACAAGAAGCGCUACCCCUCUGCAUCAUCUGCUUCUUCUUUCUCCUCCCUCCGAUCCCAUGGUGGAAAGUACCAUUCGAGGGAAAGAUCUUCAUCACAGCACAGUCAUUGUCGCUUCAUCUCAACUGCUGUCAUUCUCAUCCUUGCUCUCUGUCUUGUGGCCAUGGCAACUGUAUAUAUCAUUGAAUAUCGGCGACGAGAGUCCUUGGUUGAUGUGAGGAGCUUAUUGGCACUUUUCCCAGUGGAGAAAGGGAGGGAAUUGGGGGGACCAUCAAGGAUAAUCGGAUCCUCGGAUGAGAUCUCCUUCCAUUUGCAGGCAUCAAUGUCUCCAUCCAACCCUUGGACACAUCGAAACCUUGUGGCAUCUCCAUCCCUGUCAACCCAAUCAGCAUCUGUAUCCUUCCACCCAUAUCAUCCCCGUCCGACACCCCUUGGGAGACCACCUCCCUGCUCUAUCUCUCCCACUGCAUCCAAUGGGAUCCUUGCCUCAUCCCCAUGUCAGGUCUUGUAUGUAGAUCCAACAGAAGAGAGUGAGGGUCUGUUGGAGCUGCAGAAUGAACUGGGUGCCAAGGAGGGAAAUCGAGCACCUCCUCUCCCCAUCCUUCAACUGAGAGAUGGAAGACACAUGGAACUCUUCUCUGAAAUGAUUUGGGAAAGAGGGACAAAUGGAGAACCAAUUGGAACAAAGCAGAAUCGUCCACGUCGACACACUCCCAUCAAUGAAUCCGUGUCACCCGCACUCAAAGAAUUUUCAGAGCCUCGAGUGGAAGGAAUCCAUGUUUAUGGGGAGGAUUGGAAUGCAACAGUGACAGGAGAAUAUUGCACAGAUGGUGCAUGUCUCAAGAAUGGGAUCGAUGGGCUCAAUUUUACUUAUGCCAUCCCCCUUUCUAAAUUCAUGCCUGAUGAGUUCAUUCACCUCCAGUUCAGAGUGGAGCCAGGAGCAGGGCAGCUAGAAGAGUGCAUGUCUCCAGUCCCAUUCUUGGCUUGUCCAUGGACUGAAGACUCCAAGCGAAAACGGAAAACAGGGUCUGGUGGAAACUUUGAAGUGGGAGCCAUGACUGCAGGUAUGGAAGGAGGAUCCAGGGUCGAUUUCAGGGUUUACUUGGGGUCGUGGCAGGUUGCGGCCUCUCGUUUCCGGCUCCCUCUCCUGCGCAGUUUUACUCCCAAUGAUGGAGGGCUGUGUGAAGCGGAAGCAGGAGGGUUUGUGGAGUACAAUUUUCUUUUCUACCGUGUCUGUGAUGCGUGAAAGCUGGGCUUCUUUCUCUCAGGCUGUGAUUUUUCUUGAUUCUUCCUCUUCUUUCUUUUCCUGUUUUUGCUCUUCCAAAUAUCUCUCCCUCUUUCUCUUGGUCACUCUUUACAUGACUUGCAUACAUUCCAUAUGCUCUGUUCAGGGUCAAUGCAAAUGUUUUCUUUUUAAAUACAAAUACCAUACUCAUUUCCGUCCUCAGUCGGUGAGAUCUGACAUUAUUGUGUGGC